UUCACAUCAAAUGGAGCUGCGGGGCGCGGGAGGCUCGGUUAUUAGUGUCUCCGGUGAGAAAACACGGAGAAUCCGAGUCGCUGAGAGUCCGCCUCCUCAGACUCUGUUUUAGUCUAGCUAGCGUUAGUAAUGCGAGCUGACCGGCUCCCCGCGGGUUCUCUCAGGAGCUGAGGAGAUGUGAUGGAAGCGGGGGUCAGAGACCGAGAGCGGCGGCGGGUGACCAGAGCCCGCGAGCGGUUGAGCUCCCGCGCCGAGGCGGGCGGCUCCGUGCUGCGGGCGCUGACCGUGGGGAACGUCGGCGACGAGAAUGAAGCGAUGGAGGACGAGCGGCUGAAAGACGACCUUCUGGAGCGGAAGGUCGUGGCGCCGCGGUACAGCCUGGUGCGGGAGAUCGGCCGGGGCAGCUACGGGGUGGUGUACGAGGCCAUAGCGCGGAGGUCUGGAGCGCUGAUGGCCGUGAAGAAGCUGCGCUGCGACGCGCCGGAGAACGUGGAGCUGGCGCUGGCGGAGUUCUGGGCCCUGGCGAGUCUGGAAAAGCGGCACGAGAACGUGGUUCACCUGGAGGAGUGUGUGCUCCAGAGGAACGGCAUGGCGCAGAAGAUGAGCCACGGGAACAAGCGCUCCAGGCAGUAUUUACGCCUGGUGGAGACUUCCUUGAAAGGUGAGCGGGUGCUGUCUGGUCCUCAGGAGCCAUGCUACUUGUGGUUCGUAAUGGAGUUCUGCGAGGGAGGAGACCUAAAUCAGUUCAUCCUGUCACGUCGGCCUGAUCCACACACCAAUGCAAGCUUUAUGCUUCAGCUAAGCAGUGCUGUGGCUUUCCUGCAUCAGAACAAUAUUGUGCACAGGGACCUCAAACCAGACAACAUCUUGAUUUCAGAACGCUCAGGUACACCGGUGCUCAAGGUUGCUGAUUUUGGGCUCAGCAAAGUAUGUGCAGGCCUUGGUAUGGGGUCGAGCUGCCGUGAUUCGGAUGAGACGGAGGAUAAAAACAAAAACAUCAACAUUAACAAGUUUUGGCUGUCGUCGGCUUGUGGAUCAGAUUUCUACAUGGCCCCGGAGGUUUGGGAGGGGCACUACACAGCUAAGGCCGAUAUCUUCGCCCUGGGUAUUAUAAUCUGGGCCAUGACUGAGCGAAUCACAUUCAUUGAUGCAGAAUCAAAACGGGAGCUGCUGGGUACGUACGUGCGGCAGGGUGCGGACAUUGUGCCGGUGGGAGAGGCUCUGCUGGAGAACCCAAAGAUGGUGCUGAGUAUCCCUCAGCGCCGCCGCUCGCAAAUGUCUGAUGCACUUCGGAAGCUUUUGCAGGAUAUGCUGGCCGUCAACCCUCAGGACCGGCCUGACGCACUGGAGCUGCACAGCCGGGUGGGGCAGGUCACCUGCGCCGCUUGAAUGCAGACACCUUACUCAUGUGCACACAGGCUGUUCCCUACAGGACCCCACAUUUCUGCACAGGUGAAACAUAGGGACAGCUGCUGUGGAAGACUGUGAAGAUUCCGCUGCAAAUCUAAUGUGAAGAAGAGGAUGCCUCCAUGCAGUACUUAAUAGGAUGCAAGAAAUUGAGUUGUUUUAUUUUAUUUUCCUUUCUUUUUUUCUGUUUUUACACAUAGGUUUGAGGUUCUAUUUAGUCAUGUUUACAAUAUUGUCUCCUUAUGACUUGAGGGAUGUUGUAUUUUGUCAUUGCUUGAGGUUAAUUGCGUCUGUUUGCGAGUGGCGGUUAUGUGAGCUAAAGAUGGUGUUAAGUUGACAUUUUUAAAACAAGGUUUACUUGAUUUCGAUGGAAGAAAAAAAUAUCCUUCCUUAAAAAAAACAACAAGGAUUUACACAUGCACACACUUUACAUAUGUGCACAUUUUAUGCAUCAGCAAACACUAGGAACACUACUUUCACUGCAGACUGGUUCAAAUGUUCAAAUUAUAUAACCAAGCUAAGUUUUUCAAGACAGAGUGUCUUAGCUUUUUUUUGCGCGGUUACUGAAACACAGAUGAACACACUGCUUUCCGUAACUAAGGAGCAUGUAAUGAUAUAUUAAACUACUAUUACUACUUAAACUACUACUAGAACUGACUCUUGUUCUGAGAGCAUAGCAGUAGCUUAUUUCUGUUGGCCUGUAUCCUGCCUCCUGUCCUGAUGAGUGUAGUUUGUGAAUAAACCUAAACCAGAACGUGCUGUUCCUAUUUUAGUGCCCACAAACCUUCUCAAACAUGCAAGAUACAAGAUUUGAGUUAUUUUUUUUAUUUAUUAUUUUGAGUUGAUCUAUAUUUCCCCUCUCCUUUCAGGUCUCAUGCAAACUUUGUGUGCCUUGAAUUGUGAAACAUGUGGAGGUGGUUAUUUACACUUUAUUUUCAGCAUAUGCAGUAUAGUCCUUACACCUUCAACAUGCUUAGCUCCUCGAUUGCUAAUCAAAUGCAGUGGAAACCAGUGGGUGCCAGUUGAAUACAGAGAUUAAACCUCAUCAAAAGAUUACUAAAGGUCAUAUAGUCACAUGCAUUUGCUCAACCACCUGCUCAGCAGAUUGAAGGUUUUGUCUUUAAUCAGUUGAUUGAUUGUGCUGGUGUUUGGGGACAGGUUUUAGGGAACAAGUAAAUAAUAUGUGAAGAAUAUAUCUAUCUUUCUAGCCCCAAUUUCAGAAGACUAUCAUGAUCAGACAAUUAAGUUGUAUUGUUUGUAUACCUUUUUAUUGAUUGUAAAGGCCCAGCACACUACAGUUAAUCUAAAGUUCAUUCCCAUUCAUGUUCUUGGAACAGAACGAAUAGCAAAAAGAAAGUCUUUCAUCUCUCAAUAAAUCCACCAUGUGCACGGUUCUGUUAUUUGAACGCACAAACCGGUCCACUUAUGACUGAAGUAUGAAUGAGGAAGAAAGGUGAGUGUGUGUGAAUGUAAAAAACGAAAGUGUGUGCCAGCACUCACUCACUUACUCAUUACCAUGUGCUGUAUUUCUACCUCCGUUUUCUUGUAUUCCUUUUACAUUUUUUUCCCCAUCUGUUCAAAGCGUUGACAGAAGGAUGCCAGUCAAAACCUCUUAUUGAACCAGUGUUUUUUUGUUUUGUUUUUUUUUCCCUUCUCCUUUUGUUAUUUAUCUUUUUCUGUUGCAUUAAAUUUACUCUGUAUGUUGUUUUCUGCCGAAGCCGAAACUUUUAAAAACUUUCUGCUUGUUUGAUGCAGGGUUCCAAGAGAUUUAUUGAGUUUUUUUAUUUGUUUCUUUGUUUUGUUUUUGGAGCAUAUGGUACCAAAUCUUCUAGCCCUUCAGCCCUUGUAGAGCUUAUUGUUUCUCAGACUCAUUCCUAGAGUGCCAGAGAGCGUAAUUUACAUUGUUACAUGGUUAUGCAUUGUUCUCCUUUAGCACACCUGGUUUGGUUAAUGGCUAAUGCCAAUAGCUAACAGGCAAGUCUUUUUAAGGGUUCAGACAAGGGUUUCUUUACACUGUGCUAAGCAGCCAUGUUUUUUUUUUUUUUGUGAGUUGAGGAACUUUGACAGAGACAGUGACCAAGGGUUGUUGUAUGUCUGUUUCUUUAAUCAGCAUAUUUUCUUUUUUUUCCCUUUAUUUGCCAUCUAAUGUCACUGUAUCUCUUACAUACAUUACUACCAUUUCCUCAGUAGCGUUUUAACUCAAAUGCUCUGAUCAGUACGUAAAGGCUGGGUAUUCACAGUUGAUCGCCAAAGGGAUUGUGACAAGUGCCGAUCAGCUGAUCCUUUUUUCUGUUUCUUUUUUAUAUAUAUAAUAUAGAAAGGAAGAAGCGGUCAAAUUGAGGCCCUCUAUUUAUUUCUGUCUUGGACACAAAGAAAUCCCUAAAAAUCCUAAAUACUUCAAACCCGUGUGUUUUGUGUUUACUCCUGAUGCUGCCUGUAACCCACAGUGUAUUACAGGAAGGAGAGACCUGAUGCUGCUCUUGCUGUUCUCCAUUGUUUUCACUCCAUAUCGCACCCACAACUAUGCAACCUCUCCUUCAGUGAGAUCACACUGUGAUGUUGCCCUGCUACACUCAUUUCACCCACCAGUCAGUCCACCUCUUCUCCUUAUUCCACUCCUUCAUGCUCUUUGUGUCUCCUGGAAACAUUUUGUGCUCCUAAUGGCUGUACAUUGAUUUUCAACUGUUUUGUGGUGCAUCAUAAAACAUGUAGGGGAACAUCAGUGAAUUAUUAAUGUUAUUCUUUUGUGCUGGUGAUAUCUUUUUUUUUUCUUCUUUCUUUUAAUAAAGAGUAAAUUCAAAAUG